AUGUCGACUGAUAAUCAAGACGAAAAUUUUGAACAGCAAAAGGAAAUUUUAGAUGAUUCAUCAUUAGAAAAUGAAUUAUUGGAGGGUGAUGGAGAAAAUACACAAAAUAAAGAAAAUCAAUCAGAAGAAGAAGAAACAAGGGAUAAUCCCCCUAAUAUUGAAUCUGAUAUUCAUAAUUUUAAGUUGGUCACAUGUAUGCGAGAUCAGCAAUAUUUGGUUAAGUCCAUGAAACAAGUCAUGGAAAAACACCUCAACAUGCUGGGUGAAGUCGAAAGUAUAACAAGAAAUUUAGCUACAGCAGAAAGAACACGACUAGAAACAAUACGAGAACAACGUUUAGCAACUGAAGAAGUGAGAAAGGUCUUGGUAGAAGCACAAAAAAUCUCAUCAACAAUACAACAAACACCAGCGGAUUCAGAACGACAAUUUAGACGAUUAGAUGGAAAUGUAUUCAAUUCUACCACAAUAGACGCAACAUUAGAAGCAAGUCACAUACAACAACCCAAUGCUAGUAUUGGUCAAAAUUUAGAAGCAGAGAGGAAAGCAGCUAAACCCCAAAAAGCUACAACAACAACAGCAAACUCAGCUCAGGUUAAACCAGCCUGGCAGAGUGGUCCUCACCGUAAUUGCCAUAGAUGUAAUAAAACAGGGCAUAAUGAGAGUGAUUGUCCUCUAAUUAAAUACGAUUUGUAUUUUUGCUAUGUGUGCCGACAAGUAUCUAGCCACAUAGGUACAAAUUGUCCUAAACGUGGUAAUGAAAAUUACAGAGGAGGAAAUUCAUCUAGAGGAAGAGGAAAAACCCGCUAAACCAGAAGAAAAGAAAUAGAUGCUGCUGAUUAGAAGAGUGCGCAGUG